AUGGCUUCUGCAUAUUCGAUACGUAAAGGAAUGGCUCGUGUACUUGAAGGAAUUAUGAAAUAUCGUCAAACAUUAAGACCAUCACUUUUAGAAGAAUUUAAAAAAGUUGCACUUGGACCUUCUCCUGAAGGACUUCUUUUAACAUGUGUUGAUAGUCGUGUUGUUGCAUCUCGUUUAACUCAAGCUGUACCGGGUCAGUUAUUUAUUGUUCGAAAUCCUGGUAAUUUAGUUCCUCCUUAUGAAUAUUAUAAAGAUAAUUCAUUAGUUGGUAGUGAAUGUGCCGCAUUAGAAUUAGCUUGUUCAAGAAAUAAUGUACCGAUGAUUGCUGUUUUUGGUCAUUCCGAUUGUAAAGCAAUGAAUUUAUUAUAUAAAAUUCGCAAUGAAAUUUCUACACCAUCUAAUACUCCACUUGAACAAUGGCUUAAAGUUCAUGCUCAAGGAACAGUUGAACAAUUUAAAAAACUUGAAUCUUCAGGAGAUUAUAAAUGUAAACUUAUAUUUGCUAGUGCACAACAUCAUGAAGAUGAUUUUGAAGCAUAUAUUGAUCCAAAUAAUGAAUUUAAACAUUCCGAUAAAUUAUCUCAAGUAAAUACAUUAGAACAAUUAAGACAUUUUUUAUCUUAUCCAUUUUUACGAGAACGUCUUAAUCGAAAAGAAUUACAAGUGCAUGCAUUAUGGACUGAUAUAUAUAGAGGAGAAGUAUAUAUGUUCUCAUUUAAAGAAAAAUGUUUUGUUAAAAUUGAUGAAAAUACUUAUGAAAAGCUUUCACAUGAAUGUAUCUAA